CAAUGGGAGGAGCGGAAGGGCUGUAGGGGCCGGUGGCGGCAGGGCGCCGUUUGUACUUUUCUCUGUCCGCGCUCUGAGCCGCUCCCGCCCGCUCCGCGCUGUCCUCUCUCUCCUGUUCCCGUCCGGCUCUCACCGCAGGGUGGUCUCAUCAGCCCAGAUAUGUCAACCCUGAUCUUUGUGGAUAAGGAGAAUGGUGAAGUUGGUGCAACUAAGAACCAGCUGAGGCGCCCUUCAUUAUCAUCAAAAGUCUUAUCAGAAAGAACACAAGUCAAUACUCCACUUCCAAAAAAACCAAUCAGAACUCCAGCCACAUCCCACUCUGUCAGAAAAGCUCUUGGAAACGUGAACAGAACUGUAGGAGUUACAAGCAAGAAGGAACAGAGAGAUAAAAAUCAGCCUUGCAGUGCAAAGAAAGUUGCUGAAAAAGCUGUUGGAUUAGAAAGCUGGGAUGCAGUGGGUGAUGAAGCUUACCCAGAAAUAGAAAACAUGUUUCCAUUUGAUCCUCUAGACUUCGAGAGUUUUGAAGUUCCUGAAGAGCACAGAUUAAGCAAUAUCAAGCUGUAUGGUGUUCCUCUCAUGAUACACACAAGUACUUGUGACAAACCUGUGAACAUAACUUGUUCACCUGUGAAGCUUGAAAAGAUGCCUUGGGAGUCUGACUUGCUCCAACCACCUACUGACUUUAUUUCUACGCUGGAUGACAUCAUUGAUAUGCCACCUAUGAACUAUGACUUUUAAAAGUAUACUUUGAAGUUUCUAUUGAAUUUCCUGUUUAUAAUAAAGGUUAGUUUAACAUGUGAAAUAAAA